AUGAAUCUCCUUGCUGCUAUGAUCCUUGCAGCUGGACUGCUGUCAGCUGUCCACAUUGUCCAUGCAGCGGAUCCUGACCCACUGCAGGAUUUCUGCAUUGCAGACCUUGCUGCCGGACCAGUUUCAAAUGGUUUCGCUUGCAAGUUGCUUGCACUUGCUUCCACAGACUACUUUGCAUUUUCUGGGCUUGCGGAAGCUGCGAAUCCCAGCGUAUCUGCUACCAACGACACUGCAAACCUCGCCUUCGUCAGACAAUGGCCAGCUCUGAACACUCAGGGAUUGUCUCUCAUAAGACUCGAUAUCAAUCCUGGUGGCAUCAUCUUUCCCCAUACACACAACUUGGCCACUGAGAUUCUGUAUGUGUUGGAGGGAGAGAUGUAUACGGGCUUCGUCACCAACAACUUCGGCAACGACCCAACCAUAUCUAACAAGCUGUAUGCAAAGGUCGUGAAGAAGGAAGAAGCUUUCAUUUUUCCCAAAGGUCUGCUACACUUCCAGCUGAACAAGGGGAAGGUGCUUGCAUCGAGUCUAAACGUCCUAAACAGUCAGAAUCCUGGUAUUCAGCUCAUGCCUUCAGCUUUGUUUGGAAAUGGCAUCGAACGUGAAAUGCUGGAAAAGUCAUUCUUCAUGAAUGAGACUCAAGUUGCUGCACAUAACUCAUGUUGGAUAACCACAUUUAUCUUACUCCUGCUCUGGCUUCAUCGUCCGUUCGCAUAA